AUGAAUUAUAGUACACUAGCAGUCAUGGGUAAUUUCUCUGUCAUCAUGGAAUUCUUCCUCAUGGAAUAUUCCAGCAACAGGGAGCUACAAGUCUUACAUGCUGUGCUAUUCCUGCUGAUUUAUAUAGCAGCUUUGAUGGGUAAUUUUCUCACUAUCACUGCCAUUGUCACUGACCCACACCUUCACUCUCCAAUGUAUUUUUUUCUGAGUAACUUAUCCUUGUUGGAUAUCAGCUACAUCUCGGUCACUCUUCCCAAAUUCAUUGUGAAUUCUCUGACACAUAGUCAAACCAUUUCUUUGCUUGGCUGUGCUCUUCAGAUAUUUUUCUUUAGCUUCCUUGCAUCAACAGAGGUUGCUUUGCUUGUAGCCAUGUCCUAUGAUCGCUUUGUUGCAAUAUGUCAGCCUCUACACUAUGGGGUGAUCAUGACACCAGCCCGAUGCAUUUGGGUGGCAACCAGUUCAUGGCUCAGUGGGUUUUUCUAUUCAGCUAUACAUACAGGGAACAUGUUCCGCUUACCUUUCUCAGGAUCCAAUGUGAUCCAUCAGUUUUUUUGUGAUAUCCCUCAUGUCUUGAAGGUUUCAUGCUCUGAGGUUCGUAAUACUGAGUAUGUUCUCCUUGCUACUAGUUCAACUAUAGUAUUAUUCUGCUUUGGUUUUUUAAUUAUAUCCUAUACUUACAUCUUCUCUACUGUACUUAAAAUGCCCUCUGUGGAAGGACGCUACAAAGCUUUGUCUACCUGUUCCCCUCAGUUGAUUAUCUUCUUCUUCUUUGUCCUUUCUGGCAUGGUCACAGUUCUAGGUCCCCUCUCAGAUACAUCCCCAAUCCAGAAUCUUCUGAUUUCUAUGACUUAUACAAUAUUGCCUCCAUUCAUGAACCCCAUAAUCUAUAGUCUGAGAAACACAAAAAUCAAGACUGCACUGUGCAGGAUUAUUAAAAUAGUGUUUGUCCCCAGAAGGAAGUGUCAUGUUUUGAGAAUUUUAAAAUGUAAGAUAAUCCAUGAUUAG